GGUAUAGAGGAAGGCAGCCGUACAGACGUUUAUGUUUCCAUUCAUGGUCAAGAUAUCGACAACUGUGGCCCUCAGAGUGAACCAUGCCGGUCGAUAGCAAAAGCUGUUCAACAGGUUGAAAAAAACGGACGCAUUCAUCUUAAUGGCUCUGGAACGAAGGACCAGCCCUUUGACUGCAAGAGUAGACUGACGAAUGAUCAAUAUUGGGGAAUUUCUAUUGAUAAAAGCAUGUCCAUAGAACGCCUCGAUUCUAUCCCGCAUGUUAAUUGUGAAAAAGGAUUUCGCUUUCAUAAAGGUAAAGUACGAAUGAAAAUUACCUUGUCUGGGAUUGCAUUCGAGCAUGCGCCGCUUCUAUUUGAUGAUUGUAGCAGUGUUCAGCUUAUAAACUGCUCUUACAAGAACGCCGGGAAAAGAGCAGCCGUCAGCGUUCUGACGCAAAAUAUUCCCACACUCCACUUACACUUACAGGGACCAUCUCUAUUUCUAAACAACCAACGAUGCAUUGAAGUCUGGAUAAGAAACAAAGGGAAUUUUUUCCUAACACUUCGCGUGAACAACACCAUAUUUCAAGAGAAUGGCCUUCAAUCUAAUCAGUCAACUGGAGCUGUGAUUUCCAUACGAACCACCAUUAAACCCAAUUCAUCCGUGCGAGCUGAUCUUUCAGUAAACAACGUCACAAGCGUCGAAAACAAAGCUCGUUUCAUGCUGCUAGUUUUGCCGACAGCUAACUCAAAGGAAGUAUACAGCCAUGUAAAACUAUUAAACAAUAACUUGAGGUCAUCUAACACAACAAACAGUACCAGGCACUAUAUGGAUAGCAUGUACAUAUCCCAAGUAAGAAAAACUGAUACAAUAUUUCAUCACUUUCUGUGCGGUAACAACAGUGAUGAUUUGGCAUUAAGGUGCAUUAAGAUUUCUUCCAGCGAAGCUGACGUGACUAUAGAGAACUCUUCAUUUGUCGGACAAACUGUGACGAAAGGAAAGGGCGGAGCCUUGAGUAUUGAAUGCAAACUCAGUGCUUCCUUGGUUGUUAAAAACACUACUUUUGAGCGAAACAAGGCAUAUUCUGGUGGCGGUGCGAUUUUUUUCAACAGUGUGAAAGGAAAUCUGCUAAGGCUUGAACUCACCAAUGUAAAUUUUUCUGAAUGCGAGUCCGAAACCCAGGGCUCUGCGAUUCUGGUUGGGAAAACUCACAGUCUUAUAGCUAAACCGAUAAACUAUGUUCUGUACGCGCAUUUCACAAACGUUCGCGUCAAAAACUGUGCCUGUUCACACAGCAGUGUUGGUGUUAUGUUGAAAAGUGGGUUCGUGGAAUUUAAACGUUUUCACUGGGAAAACAGUGUUUCAAAGGUCUCUGGAGGUAUAUUCGUAGCAAGUACUGGUACUGUUAAGACAAAUGUUUCAAUUUUGAAGUCUAAUUUCACCGACAGUCAUUAUAAUGGAAGUGUGUUCGUGAGAAUCGAAGCGCUGAAAAAACACAGAGGGAAGGUCUUGCUAGCCAACACUUCUAUGUACAAUAAUCAAAAUAUAGCGUUGAUAAUCAACCCAAAAUAUGAAAUUUUGCUCAAGAACGUGACCAUCGCGUAUUGCAGACACGGAUUACAGACAUCCAAUGAAUGGUUGUUUCCCAGCCAACUUCCUUUGAAGCCUGUCGAAAUCCUAAUUGAAAACUGCACUUUUAAAGGCAAUGUCUACGAUGUGUCUAUAACUGUAAGAGAGGCUCGGUCUGUAUCGUUCACAGUGAACAACACGAAUUUCAUCGGCCAGUCAAACGGUCACGCGAUGCAAUUUUAUAUGCCCGCAGUGGGGAACAUAACCAAAACAUCGACAGCCACAGUAAAAAUAGACAAAGUGAUUUUUGAUGCUCGUCCUGCCAGCUGUUUCGCCCUUUAUUUCCAAGGAAAGAAGUAUGUAACCAUACGCCGGUCGACUUUUCGCCACUGCACGUCUGUUAACCAAGAGCUGUGGAACUAUGGUGAUAGUAAGUUUGCUUAUGAGACGGCAACAGGUGCUAUCUCGAUUCUCUCCAACCUGGACAAACGCUACAAAACAGGGUGCGUCCAACGAAACAUAAACAACACUCACCCUUUAUGGAGAUACGACACUCACGUGACUGUUGAAGAUACGUUAUUUCAAGAGAACGCUGGGCUCAAUGGGGGUGCAGUGUAUCUUAGUAACGGAAACACUACUUUUCGGAAUUGUUCAUUUGAAAACAAUUUGGCAGCAAUGAACACAGGUCAAGUUUAUUCCGCCUAUGGAACUGGUCAAGUAGAAUUUGUCAACUGCUCUUUUGUUAGUAGCAGGUACCAUGCAACUAUCUCUGGCAGGAAAUUCAAAAAUGCUGCCUUCUUUUAUUCUGAAAGCGGAGGACCCAUCAAGUUUCGGAACUCGUCUAUGUUUUCGAGCACCUCUACAAGGCGUUCGUUUUCUGUGUUGGUAGUUUACAACGGAGGAUACGUUGAUAUCGACCGCGAAACUAGCAUUCGCUGCGAAGGAAGUCAGAUGUCCCUUGCAAAUGCAACACGUUUUUUAUACACCGAAAAAAGACAACGCUUGUGCAUAGAAAACGUGACGGUCCUUUCGUUUUCCUGUAAGCUUUGCUCUCCCGGAUAUUACAGCCUACAAACUGGCUUUUCAAAAGGUCUUGCUGUAGAUGAUUCAUUCCAAUGUCAUCCAUGUCCCUUGGGAGCUACAUGCAUAGGAAACGAAUCAAGCAUCGCGGCAGUAGAAAACUUCUGGGGAUACAAUGUGUCGGAAAACGAUGCACAAGUACUCAACUUUGUUCCCUGCCCCAAGGGUUAUUGCCGCUCACCGAGCCCGCAAUCGUUAGUGUACAACAGUUGCCACGGAAACAGGAGUGGUUUUCUGUGUGGCCAGUGCGCGCCUGGUUACACUGAAUCACUAUUUAAUUCUGAGUGCAGAAAAACAGCUGAAUGUAAAGAUUACCUCUUCUGGAUAGCGAUAUUUCUCUUCUCGGCUGCCUUGGCGCUAUAUCUGUUAACUGAUCCUCCUUUGCUUCGACUUCUAAGUCCACAACAGAUUUUAUGGUUCAUGAAAAAGAAGGAGAGAAGACAAAGCGAAGAGAGCAGUGAAAACGGCAAAGAGCCAGACAGUGGUUAUACAAAAAUCGUGUUCUAUUACUACCAAGUCGCCGAUUUACUGCUAGGCAGUUCUCUUGACGACUUGGUUUUAGAAAUGCCCCUCGUUGUUGCUAUGAUUUCAGCAUUCAAUUUUCAAGUCCGCGCUUCUUACCUAAGAAUCGAUUGUCCAUUUCCGGGACUAACCCCAAUAACCAAAGAACUGCUUCUUUCUUUGGUGGUUGUCGCAACAAUGGCGAACCUCGCCCUCAUUUUCUGCGCCCACUUGGUUAUCAGCAAAUUCCAUAAGAAGUUGAGAAAGCCAUCGUUGAGCAGUUAUAUGGCCGUCUUCUUGGAGAUAUUGUUGCUAGGAUACGAUAGACUGGCUGAAACUUCGUUGGCACUGAUGCACUGUGUGAGUACUGGGGAUGAGAAUCGACUGUUCAUUGAUGGUACCACGAUCUGUUGGCAGCCGUGGCAAUACAUCGUUCUCGCGUACAUAAUCGUGUUUGUGGUACCCUUUAUCGCAGUCCUGUACUGCGGUUCUUUAAAGCUGCACAGUUCUUCCAUUUCUUCAGGUGAAUUUCUCGCAGCGUGUGCUAUUCCUUUGCCAUUUCUAAUCUAUUGGCUUUUCAAGCGCUUUUUCAAGGGAAGAAAUGAAGAAAAUGGUAGCGAAGACAAUAGCGCUGAAGUAAUGAAGGUCCUACAGGAGCCAUUUCGCGAUCCUUACUGGGAGAGCGUUAUGAUUGGUCGACGGCUCAUCCUUCUUACAUUUCACUCGUUCAUCCCUAACGCUAUGAUCCGACUUUUCUUCAUAGCUAGCGCAUGCGACUUCAUGGCCAUCCACCACAUAAUCAAGGACCCAUUCCGUAGUAAAACCGCUAACAUAGCCGAAACGAUGUCCUUAGUCACCUUGGCAAUCAUCGCCAAAAUCAGCCUGGUAAAGGCCACUCUCCUUUCUUCCGGGAUAAGUGCCAAGGGAACAAACAAGGAUUUCCUGGACGGACUUCAGUGGUUUGAAUUAGCUGCAAUGGGACUUGUUCCUGCAUUCUUGUCCUUGCUAGCUGCUUCAGCCAUUUUGUCGCAAACAUUCCGUUUGAUUAUUUAUAUUGUCAAGAAAAUUGCCCGACGCUUUCGAAAGGAUGCAUCUAUCGAGGAACUAACAGAGCCUCUUUGUAGUAGUAACCAAGAUUAUGGUAGCUGUUAA